AUGGCGGGCAUGAGCAAAGAGCUCCGCUGUGGCCUCGCGGGCGCGCGCAGCAGCCGCUCCGCCACGGCCUUCGCCGUGUCUAGCGGAUGGACUACUUAUAUCACCAAAAUAUACGGUAAUAACCUUUCACCACGCGGAUCGGACCGAGAAGCUAGGGAGGGGGGACACGACGCCACCGAGAGGAACGCGAGGUCGCCAUCACCAUGGGGGGAGGAGUCAUGCGCACCGCCGCGAAGGUCGGCAUCGCCGGGGGCCGCGGCGGCGGCGGCGGCGAAGGGCGGCCGGUUCCGCCACGCCGCGCCGGCCUUCGCCACGGCCUCCGCCGCCGCGGGUUCCGAGGCGGCGCCUCUUGUCUCCGCCUCCGGUGGCGAGGUGGUGCCCCCCGCCGCGGCGCAGUGGGAGGCGUCCUGGGAGCUGGACGACUGGGAGUUCGCGGACUGGAGGGACGACGCCGCGGCGGCGGUGGUGGCGGAGAGGGAGGCCACGGCGGCGGCCGCGAAGCCCAGGCUCGUCUUCGCGCCGCCGUCGAGGGAGGAGGCCGAGGAGGCCACGACUGAGCUCAGGGACGCCAUAGAGAGGGUUUAUUUCAAUGAGUCUCCAGUGGAGGUUGUUAAGGAACAGGAUAAAGAGUUUAAUAAGCAGGCAACCGAUGCCAUAAUUCCUUCUAUGCCUGGACAUGUGGUCCAAGCUUUUACAUUGCUGAAAUCAAGCCCGGAGGCUCAGAGUGUUGUAGCGUCCCUUGCGUCAGAUAGAAAUGUCUGGGAUGCAGUAUUGAAGAAUGAGAAGGUUAUGGAAUUUUACAAGAAUCACCAGACAACUCUAGUUGAGACAUUCCCUGAAGAAGCCGCUACAGUAGAGUCGCUAGGGAAGUUUGAAGACGCCACCUCUGAAAAUGCAUCCCACAGCGAACUCCCCACUGGCUCACCUUUCUCUGAUUUUGUGGACAAUGCGAAGAGGAGAGUGAUGGAUGUGGUCUAUAAUAUAACUGACUUUUUCAAGGACUUGUUCGACUCGGCCAAGGCCCAGGAUGGAACAGGCCCUUCAGCUGAGAAGGGCCUUUCUGCAACAGAGAUGGCUGUUGGAGGAUCCUUCAUGGCUCUCGCCAUAGGGGUCAUCCUAGUUGUUCUGUUCAAGAGGUCAUGA